CUGCCCCAAACUCCCCCAUGUGGCCCUCAGUUUGGAGUGCGGAGGAUUAAUUUGUUCCGGGUGGGAGGUGAGGAGGCGAUUGGCCCCGGGAGCUCCCGAGGUGGCGCGGAGCGGGCCGAGCCUCCCAUCCUCCACGCGUGGGCUUGCGUCCCCUCUCCUUUUCUAGCCUCUUUGUCAGCUCCUCUGGUUGCCCUUCCUUCUGUCUCAGCGCCCCAGCUUUGGGAAUGUAUUCGUGGCUGCUGCCGUUGGCUUGCUGUUGUCCAUGCUGUAGUUUUGGGUACCCCAAACAGUUGUGAUGUUAUUUGGGAAGCUGGACGGGGAGACCCCCGUAGGGUGUCUCACGCCUAAGGGACGUCACUAGAGCCCUGGGGUGUUUGUUCACUCUUCUCGCAAUAGGACAGGAAUUCCGAAUUUCUUCAGACCCUUCACUUUGUGGACAAUCCCUAAAUUGCUUUGCAAACUGAUGUCACAAACAGGAGACUGCUCCUCCGCCGUUCUUGAAAUGUAGCCACCUCUGGUGUAGGAUGUUGUGGAAGGAAAAACACCACAGUAACAGGCCUUUUUUGUUGUCAUUGUUACACCGUUUUCGCCUUUGAGUGUCUCUGAGUAUUAGAUGGAGAAAUGCUUUUUGUGUGUCCUUUCCAUCCACCUUUCACUGCCCAUAUCUUGCUUGGGGGUUGUAUGAUGUGCCUUGCUGGGAGGCGAUGGGGGUCAGUGACAAGCAGCCUUACUGGAGAACGAAAACGUGUUGGUUAUGUAUGGGUUGAUAAAACUGCCUUGAGAUCCUACACCAUUGUCCUUAAGAGUAGACUAUGCCAGUGAUUAUUUCCGUCGUGAACAGCAAGUAUUGCUGGCCCGGAACUAAUGAUGAAAGACCUAAAAAUGUACUGUUUUGUUUCUGAUUUUUGAAGCCCCUCUUUGCUAAAUGUGUCCUAAUUGGCGAGUACUCUUUUUAAAAUUAGGCUCGAGUGUAUGGAGAAGGGGAAGCUGGGGUCAUUUCCACAAAGCAUCUGGAGGAAUUAGUUCUGUUGCAGGUAGCAAGCCUUACUCACCCCCAGUCCAGCUUCGGAGUGUUUGAAUUGUUUCUCAAUUUAGAUUGUAAGCUCCCUGAGGGCAGCAACCAAGUCAUACUGCUUUUGUAUUUCCUAAAGUACUGGUCACAUAGUAGAUACUCAAUAAAUACUUGUUAUUUAUUUUUUUCCGUAAAAUUUCUCUGGCUAUUUUUUCAAGUAGCUGGUUUUCGAAAGAUGGUCAAGGGCACUCCUGUGUUGAAACCAGUAUUUGUUCCUGCACUGUUCUCUUGGUCUCCCAACACUUCUCAUGUGUUUCCUGUAAAUAUUUUUAUUUUCUAAGGAAAAGUACUUAACAAGAUUCCUCCCCUCCACUGUGAUAACUCUAGUAUUCUACCUUGUAAAUACUGUUAUUUGUAUAUACUGUAAAUGAUGACAUCGGUGGGCACUAACCGAGCCCGGGGAAACUGGGAACAACCUCAAAACCAAAACCAGACACAGCACAAGCAGCGGCCACAGGCCACUGCAGAACAAAUUCGACUUGCACAGAUGAUUUCAGACCAUAAUGAUGCUGACUUUGAGGAAAAGGUGAAACAAUUGAUUGAUAUCACAGGCAAGAACCAGGAUGAAUGUGUCAUUGCUUUGCAUGACUGCAAUGGAGAUGUCAACAGAGCCAUCAAUGUCCUACUGGAAGGAAACCCAGAUACGCAUUCGUGGGAGAUGGUCGGGAAGAAGAAGGGAGUCUCAGGACAGAAGGAUGGUGGCCAAACGGAAUCCAACGAGGAAGGCAAAGAAAAUCGAGACCGUGACAGAGACUAUAGUCGGCGACGUGGUGGGCCACCAAGACGAGGGAGAGGUGCCAGCCGUGGACGAGAGUGUAUGCAUGGGGCUUUAACAAAACCAGCUGUGGUUCGGGGUCAGGAAAAUGGAUUAGAUGGUACCAAGAGUGGUGGGCCUUCUGGAAGAGGCACAGAAAGAGGCAGAAGAGGACGUGGCCGAGGCAGAGGUGGCUCUGGUAGACGAGGAGGAAGGUUUUCUGCUCAAGGAAUGGGAACCUUUAACCCAGCUGAUUAUGCAGAGCCGGCCAAUACUGAUGAUAACUAUGGCAAUAAUAGCGGCAAUACGUGGAACAACACUGGCCACUUCGAACCAGAUGAUGGGACGAGACUUGAUUUCAUUGGGGUUGAGGGGUCAAAUUAUCCCCGAAAAUUUGAGACUGCUCCUGGUGCAUGGAGGACUGCAACAGAGGAGUGGGGAACUGAAGAUUGGAAUGAAGAUCUUUCUGAGACCAAGAUCUUCACUGCCUCUAAUGUGUCUUCAGUACCUCUGCCUGCGGAGAAUGUGACAAUCACUGCUGGUCAGAGAAUUGACCUUGCUGUUUUGUUGGGGAAGACUCCAUCUUCCGUGGAGAAUGAUUCAUCUAAUCUGGAUCCAUCUCAGGCUCCUUCUCUUGCCCAGCCUCUGGUAUUCAGUAAUUCGAAGCAGAGUGCCAUAACACAGCCUACUUCUGGAAACACGUUUUCUCAUCACAGUAUGGUGAGCAUGUUAGGGAAAGGAUUUGGUGAUGUCGGCGAAGCCAAAGGUGGCAGCACCACGGGCUCGCAGUUCUUGGAGCAGUUCAAGACUGCUCAGGCCCUGGCCCAGUUGGCGGCACAGCAUUCUCAGUCUGGAACCACCACCACCUCCUCUUGGGACAUGGGCUCCGCCUCACAAUCCCCAUCGCUGGUGCAGUACGAUUUGAAAAACCCAAAUGAUUCAACAGUACACAGCCCCUUUACCAAACGCCAGGCUUUCACCCCAUCUUCAACCAUGAUGGAAGUAUUCCUUCAGGAGAAGCCACCCGCAGUGGUUACCUCCACAGCCGCACCUCCACCCCCCUCUUCUCCUCUGCCAAGCAAAUCCACCUCGGCCCCACAGAUGUCUCCUGGGUCUUCAGACAACCAGUCCUCUAGCCCUCAGCCGGCUCAGCAAAAAUUGAAACAGCAGAAGAAAAAGGCCUCCUUGACUUCAAAGAUUCCGGCUCUGGCUGUGGAGAUGCCUGGCUCAGCAGAUAUCUCAGGGCUAAACCUGCAGUUUGGGGCAUUGCAGUUUGGGUCAGAGCCCGUCCUUUCCGAUUAUGAGUCCACCCCCACCACGAGCGCCUCUUCAAGCCAGGCUCCAAGUAGCCUCUAUACCAGCACGGCCAGUGAAUCUUCAUCCACAAUUUCAUCUAACCAGAGUCAGGAGUCCGGUUAUCAGAGCGGUCCAAUUCAGUCGACAACCUAUACCUCCCAAAAUAAUGCUCAGGGUCCUCUGUAUGAACAGAGGUCCACACAGACUCGACGGUACCCCAGCUCCAUCUCCUCAUCACCCCAAAAGGACCUGACUCAGGCAAAGAAUGGCUUCAGCUCUGUGCAGGCCACGCAGUUACAGACCACGCAAUCUGUUGAAGGUGCUACAGGCGCUGCAGUGAAAUCUGACUCACCUUCUACUUCUGGCAUCCCCCCUCUCAGCGAAACGGUGUCUGCGGCUUCCUUACUGACAACAGCCAGUCAACACUCAUCCUCCCUGGGUGGCUUGAGCCACGGUGAGGAGAGUCCGAAUGCUACCACCACACAACACAGCAGCACGUUAUCCACACAGCAGAAUACCCUUUCAUCAUCCACAUCUUCUGGGCGCACUUCUACAUCCACUCUUUUGCACACAAGCGUGGACAGUGAGGCGAACCUCCAUUCUUCCUCCAGCACUUUCUCCACCACGUCCAGCACGGUUUCUGCGCCUCCCCCAGUGGUCAGUGUCUCUUCUAGUCUCAGCAGCGGGAGCAGCUUGGGCCUCAGCCUCAGCAGCAACUCCACCGUCACAGCCUCGACUAGGAGCUCAGUUGCUACAACUUCAGGAAAAGCUCCUCCCAACCUCCCUCCUGGGGUCCCGCCAUUGUUGCCUAAUCCGUACAUUAUGGCUCCAGGGCUGUUACAUGCCUACCCGCCACAAGUAUAUGGUUAUGAUGACUUACAGAUGCUUCAGACAAGAUUUCCCUUGGAUUACUACAGCAUCCCAUUUCCCACGCCCACCACUCCGCUGACUGGGAGGGAUGGUAGCCUGGCCAGCAACCCUUACUCUGGUGACCUCACAAAGUUUGGCCGUGGGGAUGCCUCCUCCCCGGCCCCGGCCACAACCUUGGCCCAACCCCAACAGAACCAGACUCAAACUCACCACACCACGCAGCAGACAUUCCUGAACCCGGCGCUGCCUCCUGGCUACAGUUAUACCAGCCUGCCAUACUACACAGGGGUUCCGGGCCUCCCCAGCACCUUCCAGUAUGGGCCUGCUGUGUUCCCUGUGGCUCCUACCUCUUCCAAGCAGCAUGGUGUGAAUGUCAGUGUGAAUGCAUCGGCCACCCCUUUUCAACAGCCAAGUGGAUAUGGGUCUCACGGAUACAACACUGGUGUGUCAGUCACCUCCAGUAACACGGGCGUGCCAGAUAUCUCGGGUUCUGUGUACUCCAAAACCCAGCAGUCCUUUGAGAAACAAGGUUUUCAUUCCGGUACUCCUGCUGCCUCCUUCAACUUGCCUUCAGCCCUAGGAAGUGGGGGGCCCAUCAAUCCGGCCACAGCUGCUGCCUACCCACCUGCCCCCUUUAUGCACAUUCUGACCCCCCAUCAGCAGCCGCACUCCCAGAUCCUCCACCAUCACCUGCAGCAGGAUGGCCAGCUACCAUAUUUGCAGAUGAUUCUCUGUUGCCAGCGCCAGCAGGAGGAGCAGACGGGCAGCGGGCAACGUAGCCAGACCAGCUCCAUCCCGCAGAAGCCCCAGACCAACAAGUCUGCCUACAACAGCUACAGCUGGGGGGCCAACUGAGGCCCUGACCCUCUUCUUCUCCCGGUCCCAUCUUCUGAGAGGGCUUCUCAGCCUGGCAACUACGGAAACAGCAUCAAAGAAAAAAAGGAAUGGGGGGGGUCCGCUGCCCCCCACCCCCAGCGGCCCACCCCAUGCCUCAGCUUCAUGUCUGUCCCGUUCCCAUACCAUCCCCACUCUGUUGUAUGUAUUAUAGGAUUUGUAUUUUCUCCUUUUUUUUUUUCCUUUCCUCUCCUCCUCCCCCCUUGCAUUCAAGAUUAUGAAACUUUGUUGUGGGCCCUGCCUUCCUUCUCCUCCUCCUGUUCACCCUGGUGGUGUAUGGGUGAGGUGGGGAGGGGGGACCCCCAAAUAUAUAUCAGCCCAACAGCCCUAAGUCUCCUCCUUUAUUAUUAGGAAACAAAACAACAACAAAAAAUGGCGUCAUGAAUAUGAACAGCAUUGUCAGAUGAAUUAGUUGAAGUGUUGUUUUUUUUUUUUUUUUGUACUGUGUCCUCAAAUUUAAUGGAUUAAUGUGUCUUGUAUAUAUAAAAAGAAAACCUCUAACUUCA